ACGACACAGCGUGAGGCUCCAGCGCACGUUCUUCUGAUGGAACAGUUCACAAGUUGGAUGGAAAGGAAGGUCGACGUCUACUUCAGAACUACCGUGUAAAGCCGUCUGGAUAAAGUCAAAAAGUGAAAGUGAAGGAAGAGCGCAGCCUCGGAGGGGCGGGGCCAUGUCUGGGGGCAACGGCGCAAACAGCAGCUGGACCAUCGUCAGUCCUGAGGAGACUGCUGCUGAAACUGUCAGGACUCUGGAGGAACAGACGAAGCAUCAUGAGCAAGAUGAUGGGUCACACAGCCAGCCAGUAAAUGGUGCAAAACCAUCAAGUCUCUCAAUGGAGGCCCACCAGGAUGCGGAAGAGAGAAAAGCAGACCCAAGCGACGACCGCGGUACAGAUGGUCCCGCCUCCGCGCCCUCAUCUGUCAGCGAUGCCCCCAUUCCUUCCGGCGACGUCCAAUCAGACGUGGCCCCCGAUGGCGCCGACCAGGACGCCUUCUCCGACUCCUUAAGCCACGACACCCCCUCCCCUGAUGAGCCCUCGGGCUCGCUGAUGAAGGCAGAGACUCUAGGAGGCGUGGAGCUGACUCGGCAAGAAGAGCGGCAUGACGGAACGUGGGAGGAAGAACGCAAACAGGAAGGGGAGGAGUCAGAGCUUCUUUCUAAACACACAGACUCCUCGGAGCAAACAGGAUCAGAUGAAGAGCGGCCCGAGGACACCGAGUCCGAGAGAAAGCGCCUGCUUGCCUCUCUGGAGCGAAUCGGGAGGAUAGCUGAGGAAGAGGACGCUGAUGAAGAGGAAUUCCAGCUGCCACGGCAGAGGGCCGAUGACAACAUGUUCUCUCUGAACAAAUGCAUCCUAGGCGCCGUUAUCCUGGUCUCGCUCGGGACCAUCUGGUUUUCCGGUGUCUUCAUGGACCUGGAUGAGGAGAGCGGCUUGAGUACAAGGGAGCUGAGCGAUUUAGAAGAACCGGGAAAACAGGAGUGGCUUCGCUCAGAGACUCUUCCACCCCCUGUCGAUGCUGACAACUCGGCGCUUUGGACCAAACUAGCCAAUGGAGACCAGCAGAUUUCUUUGUUGCAAGCUCAACUUGAGGCGCAGAUGGAAGAGUUGAAAGCCGCCGAGGGUCAAGCGGCCGAGGGCAAAACGGAGCGGCUGCGCUGGCAGGAGGAAAACACUCACUUGAAGUCCAAAGUGGCAUCGCUUCCUGUCCUCGAGGAAGAGAACGAGAGGCUGAAGAGGGAGCUGGAGACGCUGCCGACGCUUCAGCGCGAACUUGAAACUUUGAGGUCCACUGUCAGUAAGUUGACAGUGCCCCCAAGUGGUCAGCCAGCAGACCGGAAACUUGAGGAGGACAAGAAGGCUAAAUCUGACAUGGGUGAGAGGAAAGAGAGCAAGAAAUCCGAACGGAAGGAGCGCAAAGACGGCAAGCAGGCCGAAAGUGGGAAGCGUGAGCGCGGAAAGUCCGACAAGGUGAAGGAAGGGCAAGGAAAGUGGGAGGAGGAGAAAGACUGGAAGAAGGAGAGCAGAGGGGACGAGGGGAAGACGUGGAAGGAGCGCGACGCAAAGAAGGAGCGGGCCGAGAAGACGGAGAGGAAGGAGCGGAAGAAGGACAAGCAUGAGAAGCAAUGGAAAGGAAAGGAGGAGGAGGAGUGGAGAAAAGACAAAGGCGAAACGACGCACAAGGCGAAGGAUAAGUGGAGGCAGAAAGGCAACGAGGGCUUUGAGGAGCGCGGCAAAGAGAAGAACUGGAAGAGCCACAAUGGCGAAAAAGAAAGAGGAGGCGAGAGGAAACGCGCGGAGGACGGCAAACAGCAACCCGGCAAGAUUGACGACGGGAAACGGGGGAGUCAUCACGGGAAAGGUGAUAAGGACCGCAGGAAGGACGGAAACGAACACAAGAGGAAAAAGGACAGCGGUGAGUCCAAAGGGGACAAGUCCAACUCGCACAAAUACAAAUUCACCGACUACCACCAACACGAGGAGAACGUGUGGGCCGAGAGGAAGGCGCCUCAACAGUCCUCCGCCGAUUCCGCCGACUAUUGGACCCAGCAGAGGAAGCGCCUCCACAGGAAGCCCAAACAGCCCCAGCACUGCCACUCCCAGGAGGCCUGCGCUCAAGCCGAGGGGCUCCACCCCGUCUCCUUCCCACAAUUCGAGUCCGUCCUCCACGCCUACCUGGCCAAGGCCGAGCAGGCCGGCGUGGACUCCUCCAAGAGGGACGAGCUGCGCAAACUGGCCUCCGAGUUCUUCCGGGACGGCGUCUUCGUGCACGACCGGGUCAACUUCCGCAAGUUCGUCAAAGACGUGUCGGAUAUCCUGGAAGACAUGGUGGAAGGGGACGGAGAGGAAGACAGCGACCUGGAGGAUGAGAUGGAGGCGUUCGGGAAGGAAGCGCUGGAGAAGUUUCUAGUGGCGGGAGGCAGUGAGCAACGCAAAGGCGAGUGGAGGAAGGAGAGCGCACGAGGCAGUGGCUAAAGUAGGAAGGGAACGCCGGAUAGGAAGACAUUUUCAUUUACCUUUUUGUAUCCACCGCAGUGCAGGUCUCAUUUUAUUUCAAAAAAACAUCUUCCAUUUUCAGUAGUGAUAUUAUUUUUUACUUUUGCCAUUUUGUCAUAUUUGCUGGCAUGACAAACAGUUAACACAUAACAUACAUUCGUAGUUAUUGUGGCCUACAAGUUUUUUGUUUACAAUCUUACUCAUUUGGCACAUAUUUAACAUCAGAAAUAUCUCAUUGCACACCACCAAAUAAAAAAUAUGCCACAACUAUAAAUACUAAAACGAUUAGAAAAAAAAUACUCAAAUUAAUUUUUGGGGUUUGUUUUUUUUGGCUGAAUGGCAACACGUUUCUGUUGAAUUGUACAUUCUGCCUGGUUGUUCUGACAACAAUUUGAUCGGAUCAUCCUGCCUGUGAGUGUUCCCACUUCUUUCCCAGAUGGACAUUUUCUUUUUUUCCUUCCACUGAAGCCUUCACACUGCUCAGUCUUAUUGUCACAAUGCAGUUUGAAUCAUUUGAGUUGGUUCCCAUGGCAACACGUCUGGAGCUAUUGAAGUGACGUGCAUGUCUUUUUGUUUGUUUAUUUUGAAGAAGCCUUUUUUCCUUUGUUUAAAUAUUUGUACAUAGUUGCAUUAAUUGCUUACGAGUAACUUAUUUUGUCCAGUUUAAUGAAAUAGAAAGGUACAGAAAAUAUUGUUCAAAGCUUGUUUGUUUCCCUUUAGGUACAUAACUCACGUUGCGUACGAAAGUGCUUGAUAUGUGUUUUAUUUUGAAAACAGCACUGUAGUAGUAAUAGAUUGACUGAUGGUGGUUCACUUUUGCUUGCAGUUAAUAAUAAUACGUCACGUUAUGUUGCUGCUUUCAGAGGUGGUUUUCUUUGAAUUUCAAAAAUUGUCACUUUUAUUGCCAUGGCAGCAGUUCAAUAAAAUGUCAGCAUCCAAA